CGGCCUCCAGGAGGAAGUGUCAGUCCGGCCCCGCUUUUGAGACUCUGGGGGCCGCCGCCUGGAGUCGUCCGGCGGGGUCGGGCUAUGGCGGAGCCGCCGCUCUACCCGGUGGCAGGGGCCGCGGGGCCGCAGGGCGAUGAGGACCGGCUCGGGCUUCCCGACGGGGCCGACGCGCCGCUGGACGAGCUGGUGGGCGCGUACCCCAACUACAACGAGGAGGAGGAGGAGCGCCGCUACUACCGCCGCAAGCGCCUCGGCGUGCUCAAGAACGUGCUGGCGGCCAGCGCCGGCGGCACGCUCACCUACGGCGUCUACCUCGGCCUCCUGCAGAUGCAGCUGAUCCUGCACUACGACGAGACCUACCGGGAGGUGAAGUACGGCAACAUGGGGCUGCCGGACAUCGACAGCAAGAUGCUCAUCGGCAUCAACGUGACGCCGAUCGCGGCCCUCCUCUACACGCCCGUGCUCAUCCGGUUCUUUGGCACCAAGUGGAUGAUGUUCCUGGGGGUGGGCAUCUAUGCCCUCUUUGUCUCCACCAACUACUGGGAACGCUACUACACGCUCGUGCCCUCCGCCGUGGCCCUGGGCAUGGCCAUCGUGCCUCUCUGGGCCUCCAUGGGCAACUACAUCACCAGGAUGGCCCAGAAGUACUAUGAGUACUCCCACUACAAGGAGCGGGAUGGGCAGGACCCCCAGCAGCGCCCGCCACGGGGUUCCCACGCGCCCUACCUCCUGGUCUUCCAAGCCAUCUUCUAUAGCUUUUUCCACCUGAGCUUCGCCUGCGCCCAGCUGCCCAUGGUCUACUUCCUGAACAACUACCUGUACGACCUGAACCACACGCUGUACAACGUGCACAGCUGCGGCACCAACAGCCAGGGCAUCCUCAGCGGCUUCAACAAGACGGUUCUCCGGACGCUGCCGCGGAGCCGAAACCUCAUUGUGGUGGAGAGCGUGCUCAUGGCCGUGGCCUUCGUGGCCAUGCUGCUGGUGCUGGGCCUGUGCGGUGCGGCGUACCGGCCCACAGAGGAGAUCGACCUACGCAGCGUGGGCUGGGGCAACAUCUUUCAGUUACCCUUCAAGCACGUGCGCGACUUCCGCUUGCGCCACCUCACGCCCUUCUUCAUCUACAGCGGCUUCGAGGUGCUCUUUGCUUGCACUGGUCUCGCCCUGGGCUACGGCGUGUGCUCCAUCGGGCUGGAGCGCCUGGCCUACCUCCUCGUGGCUUACAGCCUGGGCGCCUCGGCCUCCUCACUGCUGUGCCUGCUGGGGCUGUGGCUGCCGCGCCACGUGCCCCUGGUGUCCGGGUCCGGCCUGCACCUGCUGCUCACUGUUGGCCUCUUUUUCUGGGCCCCGACACCGAAGGUCUUGCAGCACAUGUGGAUCCUCUACGUGGCAGCUGUCCUCUGGGGUGUGGGCAGUGCCCUCAACAAGACCGGGCUCUCCACACUGCUGGGGAUCCUGUACGAGGACAAAGAGAGGCAAGACUUCAUCUUCACCAUCUACCACUGGUGGCAGGCGGUGGCCAUCUUCGUUGUGUACCUGGGCUCCAGCUUGCCCAUGAAGGCUAAGCUGGCGGUGCUGUUGCUGACGCUGGUGGUGGCCAUGAUCUCGUACCUGGUGAUGGAGCAGAAGCUGCGGCGGGGCGUGGUCCCGCGCCAGCCACGCAUCCCGCGGCCGCAGCACAAGGUGCGGGGCUACCGCUACCUGGAGGAGGACAAUUCUGAUGAGAGCGACGCGGAGGGCGAGCGCUACGGCGGAGGCGGCGGCGGCGGCGGCGGUCGGGGCGACGGCGGGGAGGACGAGGCGCUGCUCUCGGGGCCCCGACCCGGCCCCGAGCCAGCAGGCUUCGGCCGCCGGCCCUGCCCCUACGAACAGGCGCAAGAAGGCGACGGGCCUGAGGAGCAGUGAGGGGCCCAGCCCUCUCGCAGGCCUUGUUGACCGCAUCUCAGGGCUGGGGCGCCCUGAUUCUUGCGCCAUCGUCAGGAAGGACCUUCUGCCGCCCACCCCCAUGUUUGGGGAUGCCCCUCCCAGAACCCGGGGCCACCUGGAGCUGGGGAUCCGCUCCUCAGCCUCCUCCUCGGUGGGGUGGGGCCUUGAGACCCCUCGGCAGCGCCUAGGGUUUGAGAAAGCACAGCCGAACCACACCCCCGGAGGGGCUGCCGCCUCCCAGCACGCGCCCCGGCCCCGGACGGGGACGGGGUCCUUCUGCCGCACCCCUCCCCGCUGUCCGGCCCCAGCUCUCAGCUGCAGGCUUGGGUGGAGCUUGCCUUGCGCUUUGCACGCCCUAUCCCUGUAGCCCGCCCAGAGGCACGACUUUUUAUAGAAAGGGAACAAUAAAGAGAGUUUUGUAUUGUUCUGAC